UGCCGGCUGCUGUCAUGGCUGCCUGAGGAGCGGCGCGAACGGAGCGGAGAGCGAGCCGGGCGAGGAGGGGGCGGCGGCAACGGCCAGGCUGAAGGCUCUAGAAUGGCAGGAGAGCAGAAACCAUCCUCUAAUCUCCUUGAGCAGUUUAUUCUAUUAGCCAAAGGCACCAGCGGGUCAGCUCUGACGGCCCUCAUCAGCCAAGUGCUGGAGGCCCCCGGGGUUUACGUCUUUGGAGAGCUGCUGGAGCUGGCCAACGUGCAAGAGCUUGCUGAAGGAGCCAACGCUGCUUAUUUUCAGUUGCUGAAUCUAUUUGCCUAUGGAACAUACCCAGAUUAUGUAGCAAACAAGAACAACCUGCCGGAGCUAACGGGGGCCCAGAAGAACAAGUUGAAGCAUUUAACGAUCGUCAGCUUAGCUUCCAGAAUGAAGUGCAUCCCUUAUUCUGUGUUACUGAAAGACCUGGACAUGCGGAACCUGCGGGAGCUGGAAGACCUGAUCAUCGAAGCCGUUUACACGGACAUCAUCCAGGGGAAGCUAGACCAGCGGAACCAGGUGCUGGAGGUGGACUUCUGCAUCGGCAGGGACAUUCAGAGGAAGGACAUCAGCAACAUCAUCAAAACACUUCAGGAGUGGUGUGACGGGUGCGAAUCGGUCCUGAUAGGAAUCGAGCAGCAGGUGCUCCGAGCCAACCAGUACAAAGAGAACCACAACCGGACUCAGCAGCAGGUGGAGACAGAGUUUGCCCGGUAUCUGAAGCAGUGA